AUGUCGAAAGGAACUAGGAUGGCUUUAGUUAUGAAUCUCUUAUCUCUUUUAUCCUUUGGAGUCUUAGUUCAUUCCGAUCAAAGUACCAUGCCUCUCAGAUCCUUCAAGAUAGGUGAAAAUGUAACAUAUGAUUGCAUAGAUAUUAAUAUGCAAUCAGGACUUGAUCAUCCCUUACUCAAAAACCAUACAAUCCAGAUGAAACCAUCAGUUUCAAGGACUAAAUCAAAAAGUCAAAUUGGCAUAAACCACGUACAAAAACAGACAAUACCAUGUCCAGAUGGGACCAUUCCUGUAUGGAGAAAUACAAAAGAAUUCAUCACCAACGCUCAAGUUUUGGCCGAGAAGCAUGUCCAUCCGCUAUCAGCUGAUAGUCCUGGAACACAU